AACCGUGCACGCUCGUGUCUCUCUUUCGUUUCGUUUUGCUGGUUUCGUUCGCGCGAGAGCGCGGUGGAUGGGCUACGCUCGUUAGUGCCGGUUGAUUGUACGUCCUCGUGGUCCCGGGGGAUAUCGCCGUUGAGGACUCGCGAGGUCCAGCACCGCGCGCGCGCGUGCGAGUGUGGAGAGGUGACCUCGCGCGCUGCGCCCGAGGAUCGCACGUGGUGCACUCGCGUUCUGGUGUCGGCGGAGGUGGAGGCGGAGAGGUGGUGCCGGUGCCGCGGUCGAGGUGUGACGGCGCCGCUGGAUAUCCUUGCUCCUCGGCAAGCGUCCUCGCCGUUGUUUGUCCUCCUUCGCGGGGGACGUCGUCCUCGCGGCACACCCGAACGCAACAAGCGCGAUCAUGUACAAGCUGCUGGGAGGACUAAGCAAGUACUUGAAGCGGCAGGAGAUCGUCACGGACUCCGUGCUGUUUCGCAUGCACAACCACUUCACCACGGUGCUGCUGUUCACGUGCUCGGUGUUGAUCACGGCCUCCCAGUACGUCGGUAACCCGAUCUCCUGCAUCGUCCAGGGCCUGCCCGUGAAUGUCAUCAACACUUAUUGCUGGAUAACGUCCACGUUCACCAUGCCGGACGCGUUCAAUCGACAGGUCGGCGUGGAGGUCGCCCAUCCUGGAGUGGCCAACGACUUCGGGGAUGUCGACGCGAGGAAAUACUACACGUAUUAUCAGUGGGUCUGCUUCGUGUUGUUCUUCCAGGCGGUCUUGUGCUAUAUACCGCAAUGGCUGUGGAGCUUCUGGGAGGGCGGUCUGAUGCAGGCGCUGGUCAUGGGAAUGAAUUGUGGCAUAGAUAGCGAGGACAACUUAAAGAAGAAGAAGGGUGUUCUCAUGGAUUACUUGAUGAUGCACAUCAGGAAUCACAACACGUACGUGUAUCGGUACUUCGCCUGCGAGGUUCUGUGCCUCGUCAACAUAGUCGGCCAGCUCUAUCUGAUGAAUCGAUUCUUCGAAGGCGAAUUCUUCAGCUACGGUCUGCGAGUACUGCAAUUCUCGGACACACCACAAGAAGAUCGAAUUGACCCCAUGGUCUACGUGUUUCCCCGCGUUACCAAGUGCAUAUUCCACAAAUACGGACCCUCGGGCUCAAUACAGCAACACGAUUCUCUCUGCAUUCUGCCGUUGAACAUCGUCAACGAAAAGACAUACAUCUUUAUCUGGUUCUGGUUCUUGAUACUGGGCGCCAUGUUAAUCGGUCUGCUGGUAUACCGAGCGCUGAUCAUUUUUGCCCCGAUAAUACGGUCGAGGCUGCUGCACCUGUCUACGAGACUGUUGCCCAUCGAGACUUGUCAGAGCGUCAGCAGAAAAGUUGACCUCGGCGACUGGUGGAUACUUUAUAUUCUCUCAUCCAACAUGGACUCUCUCCUCUACAGGGAUUUCCUUAUGGAGUUUACGAAGAAAAUGGGCAAUACCAGCUCGAAGCCCGUGACCGCGUAACUGCGAGACCUUUGGACGCGUACCUUGCGCUGUACAGUAUGAGAAUUUUUUAGUUUAAAUACGGACUGACUCGCACCUCGCGGCGCAUCCUUUUUGUAGACGGCGAUUCACUAUUAUUCUCAGGAUUAUUCUAACUUUUAAAAACUACAGAUACAGAAAAAUAUCGUUCCCGAUCAAUCGUAUAAUUGGGUUGCUUUAUGAUGUGUCGUAAUUGUUUUUAUCAUUUAUUUGUUUAAAAGUUAGAAGAAUAUUCUGAAUCGCCUUGUAAGUGUAAUUAAUCUUUUCCAAAUAAUUAUUUCUAAGCACAUUAUGUGCAUUUCAUUUUUGGUCGUUUUUUAAUAGAUAUUUUUAUAUUGCAUGCACAUCUGUAUCUGGCGGAAUUCAAUUAACAUAUAUAAACGCAAAUUACUUGGGAAAGAUUAAUGCAGUGAUCUUGUACUCAAUCUCAUACUGAAUGAGAUUUUUAACGAAAUAGUUUUAUAUUUAGAAUAGCUAAAUUUAAAUUUAUUUUUAUGAAAAAUAUAUUUAGAAUAGCUAAAUUAGAAUAGCUAAAUAUAAAAAAAAGCAAUAGACCCCUCGAAGAGGAGUAUUAGCCUGAAAAGUGAUUCUAAUGCAAUCUUGGUAUGGACGCGAGCAAGUAAGAUUUAUAUUUAUAUUAUAUACGCUUUAUAUUAUAUAUUUAUGUAUAUAAUACAAUAGGCGUAUAUAAAGGGUGUUCUGACCUUAAAUUUUUUUUUCAUUAGAGACAAAAUGAUGAGACGCAAAUGUGUGAAAAAAUUUAUUUUAUUCUUUAAAGAUGUAAAGUUAAUUUUUCUUUUUUCAAGAUAGCUAAAGUUAAGAUAUUAAUUUUUAUAAUUAUACAUGACGGGUGCUAAAAAUUGAUCUAAAUCUUACUUGCUCGCGUCCAUACCAAGAUUGCGUUAGAAUCACUUUUCAGGCUAAUACCUCUUCGAGUGGUCUAUUGCUUUUUUAUAUUUAGCUUUACAUCUAUACAUGCAAACGCAUACGCGUUUGAAACGCGAGGACAAUUCGCAUCGAAAUUAUAGAAAGAUAAAAUUAUAUACUGGACGGUACCGGAAUUCUCCGCUUUAAUUUCGACGGCAAUGAAUGUCGCAAUCAAUUUUUCUCAAGCAAAAAUUACAAAGGGUCGUUCUUUGUCUUUUCUUGUACAGAAUAUUGGUUGUGCCAAACGUGUCAAACGUAAAAUUUAGCCGUAGAAAAAUCGAUACCAAAUGAUACCAGCGCAAAGAAUCAUGUAUGUUUCUGCCGCUGAAAUUGAAACCGAGAGUUCUAGAACACGCUAUAUAACAGCUAACAGAGAUUUAUAUGUAAUCCAAAUCACGCACUUUUCUAAUGUGGCCUCUUCUCCCUUAAUUGACGUGUAGGGAAUAGCAAUGACGCGUACAUCACUCGUAAAGUGUCUGUUCCGUCGAAUGGAUAAACGUUCGCUGAAAAUGUCGCGACAGGUUUGUAACGUCACGAUAAGUUGCAACUUCAUCGGUCAUUUUAUGCAGACAGGCAACGGAAACCGCUUAAUCCAAUGUUAACAGUUAGAUUACACGCUGCACCUUUUUCCAAGGCCGUCACGAUCGACGAACCGAAUUCUCGAUUAUGUGAACGGAAUAAAAAUCGAUACGCUUUGAGCGCUUUGAGCAACCGGCGAACACCUAUUGAAUAUGGUACAACUACUUUUUACACAACUAUUUAAAGUGAUUAUUUGUAAAGUAAUCUGACGGUAAUUCUCGAACGUAUGCGCAUUCGCGAAAUGAAAUUCUAGCUGUCUUUUGAUAUGUGAACACGAGAACUCUGAAGUUAUUGAGUUGUCGAGAAUGGGUUUAUUCUCAAAUUAUAAAAAUUAAUAUCUUAACUUCAGCUAUCUUGAAAAAAGAAAAAUUAACUUUACAUCUUUAAAGAAUAAAAUAAAUUUUUUCACAUUUGCGUCUCAUCAUUUUGUCUCUAAUGAAAAAAAAAUUUAAGGUCAGAACACCCUUUAUAUUAUAUACGCU